ACUACACGUUUAUGGAGUUGUUCUCAUGUAAAUCACCUAUAAUUUUCCCGUGUAUAAUUUCUCUGAGAGAUAUCUUAAAAACCAAUCCAGUUCAAAUGCAAAAGCGGCACCCGAUUUGCGUAAAAACCACUUGAUUGCUUCACCUUCCUCAAUCCUGAGCCCUCUCCCUGUAACUUGAAUUCUAAGUAUGAUUUAGUUCUUUGUCUUUAAAUCAUCAAAACUUAUUUUUUUAUAUUUUUUUUCUUUUAUUAUAAACAGCUUGUUUAGAAACAUAUAAACAAACCCACCUUGUUCAUAUCUUUGAGUCAUUACAUUCCAUUGACCCCUCUCGCUACCUGUAACAUUUUCUUUACUCACUCUUGAAGAAAAUGGGACGCCAUUCGUGUUGUGUGAAGCAGAAGUUAAGGAAAGGUUUAUGGUCACCUGAGGAAGAUGAGAAACUGUACAAUUACAUUACAAGAUUCGGUGUUGGUUGCUGGAGUUCAGUUCCUAAGCUUGCUGGUUUGCAGAGGUGUGGAAAGAGCUGCAGAUUGAGAUGGAUAAAUUACUUGAGACCAGAUCUCAAAAGAGGAAUGUUCUCUCAGCAAGAGGAGGAUCUCAUAAUCAGUCUUCAUGAAGUUCUAGGAAACAGGUGGGCUCAAAUAGCUGCACAGUUACCAGGAAGAACAGACAAUGAGAUAAAAAACUUCUGGAAUUCAUGUUUGAAGAAGAAGCUGAUGAAGCAAGGCAUCGACCCUACCACCCACAAGCCUAUAAGCGAUGCCGAAGUGAAAGAGGAAAAGAAUAGCAGUAGUGAUAAGGCAUAUAAUUUGCAAAUGGCGCCACAGGUUAAAGGGGUAUCAACUGUUUCACCAUUCACCGCUCAGGAGCCAACCUUUCUUAUCGAUGAUUCACCUUAUUACACCCCUGGAUUAACCGACAAUACAAAAGAGCAAUUCAUGAACAAGCAAAACUAUGAUCCUUUUUCUGGCUUCGAGUUUCAAGCAACUGCUGCUGAUCAAACUGGAUAUAAUUCCAAUCUUGUAUCACAAUAUCAGAACGGGCAGUUUGAGACAAAUAAUUCUAACAUUGCAUUCUCUUCGAUGCCAAGUUUGACUAGUUUUGAUCAUGGAAACAUGUCGGGGGCUGAUUUCUCUGAUAAUUCAGCUUCAAGAGUAAGUUCUUUCUUCUUGAAUGAAGCAAAGGAAAGUUCUAGUAACAGUUCAAACAUGAGCAAUUACACAGGAUUUCAGAUGAAUAACAUGGUGGAAAAUGCAGCAGCUUUCUCUUGGGAUACUGAGAAUAAGUUGAAUUCUUUGUUUCAGUUUCAGGUCAACAGUAUCAAAUCUGAAGAAAUGACACCAAAUUCCUGGCAUGAAGCUCAACUUCAUCCUCAGAAUUCAGUAGAUUUCAGUAGCUUUCCUUUAACGUCACUAUCAGAAGAUCUAGCAGGCGCAAAUUUUGAUGUCUUCCACCAGAUGUGAACUGUAAAUUCAUUUUUUUUUACUUUCUUUUCUCCCGGUUGCUCUAGCUAAACAUACACACAGAUGUUGAUAGUAAAGGAAUUCCCUUCUGAAGGUUUGAGAUAUGAAGAUUUUUUUUCCCUCUCUUUAAAUUCAGAAAAGUGAUUCAAGUGAGAUUCAA